CGGGGCUGGAGGACCAACAAUGCAAGCCUUGGCUGGAGAACCUAAAAAAGUUAAUCGUCUGUCGCACACACUCCCUGCCGGGUCUGCAGCAUGUACCCGUCUGUUUGCUAUGAGAUGAACAAGGUCACACAGAACCUCACCAGCUGAGACAAAAGCAUCUUUCUAGCAUCCAGGAAGCAAGUGAGGAGAGAGACAAAAAAUCUACCAUUGAGAGCUUUGUGACAAAUUUUUCAAACAUCUAUGAAUCAGAUCUACUGCCCGCUAGAAAUGGUGAGAAAUUCACAGAACAAUUCCUUCAUGAAAUGGUGGAUAUUCUCCUGAGCUAUAUCAAAAAGACCUAUGAUGGAAAAAAUAAAGUGCUGGAUUUCCAUCACCCACAUCAGCUACUGGAAGGACUUGAAGGCUUCAGUGUGGAGCUUUCUGAUCAGCCAGAGCCUCUGGAACAAAUACUUGUUGACUGUAGAGAUACCUUGAAAUAUGGAGUUAAAACAGGACAUCCUCGUUAUUUCAACCAGCUUUCCAGUGGCCUUAACAUAAUAGGACUUGCCGGGGAAUGGCUGACAGCUACAGCAAAUACAAACAUGUUUACAUAUGAAAUAGCUCCCGUGUUCAUUGUAAUGGAGGAGAUCCUAUUGAAAAAAAUGCAUGAAAUUAUUGGAUGGGGAGACAGUGAAACAGAUGGCAUAUUUUCUCCCGGGGGAAGCAUAUCAAAUCUCUACAGUGUUUUAGUUGCCCGUUAUAAACGUUUCCCUGAGAUUAAAACCAAGGGCAUGGCAGCCCUGCCAGACAUUGCACUGUUUGUUUCUGAGCAUAGCCAUUAUUCUGUUAAGAAAGCUGCAGCAGUUCUUGGGAUUGGGAUGGAUAAUGUUGUUGCUGUCAAGUGUGAUGAAAGGGGGAAGAUGAUUCCAUCUGAACUGGAGGGGAAAAUUCUCAGAGUCAAAAGAGAGGGAAAGGUUCCAUUGUAUGUUAGUACCACAGCUGGAACAACCGUGUAUGGAGCCUUUGAUCCUCUUGCCAACAUAGCUGACAUAUGUGAGAAGUACAGCCUCUGGAUGCAUGUAGAUGCAGCAUGGGGAGGCAGUUUGCUACUGUCAAGAAAGCAUUCCUACAAACUGAGUGGCAUUGAAAGGGCCAAUUCUGUCACCUGGAAUCCUCACAAACUGAUGGGUGUUCCACUGCAGUGCUCAGCUUUCUUAGUUCGUGAGAAGGGCCUUCUUCAAGCCUGUAAUCAGCUCUGUGCUGGCUAUCUCUUCCAGCCAGACAAACACUAUGACACUACUUAUGACACUGGAGACAAGACAAUUCAGUGUGGCCGACAUGUUGAUGUCUUCAAGCUGUGGUUAAUGUGGAGAGCUAAGGGCACACAAGGAUUUGAGAUUCUUAUCAACAGAUUAGUGGACCUUGCAGAAUAUCUUUAUAAGGAACUCAAAACAAGAAAAAACUAUGAACUUGUAUUUGAUGCUGAGCCUGAGCUCACUAAUGUGUGUUUCUGGUACAUUCCACCACGUCUUCAACAGAUCCCAAAGGGACUAGACAGAGAAAAAAGGCUUCAUCAGGUUGCUCCAAAAAUAAAAGCAAGGAUGAUAGAAGAAGGCACAACAAUGGUUAGCUAUCAGCCUCAUGGGGACAAAGUGAAUUUUUUCAGAAUGGUUUUCUCUAAUCCAGCAACCAAAAAAUCAGAUGUUGAUUUCCUCCUGGAAGAAAUUGAAAGACUUGGAAAGGAUUUGUGAUAGCCAACAACACAUCUUGAAAAUGGGGAACAACAUCAUAUCAGUAUAAAGGGCCCUGUGUAAAGGGUAACAGCUGUUCGACAGAUGUUGGAUGCAUUCAGAUUCUUCCUGAUGGGGGGGAAACAUACUUCAAAGCAGUGCCUGGGAUUAUGAAUAUUUACCUUUGUAAACAUCUUCAUAUAUAAUUUCUCAAAACAUGUCAUGUAAGCCAUGCUUGUAAAUAGAUCUUUGCCUGGUCACCUGUGAUGAGUAAGAAUCCACAGGUGACCAGGUAGGAAAGCUUCACAAAAGUUGCUUCUUUUUUCCCUUAGGGGUCCAAUAUAACACAGGUAUGUGUAGGUAGGUGGGUUAGUAACAGGAUGUGCCAAACCUGUACAUUGAUUACCUUGUUUUGCCUUCUUGUGCUCUCAGAGUCAAAUGACAUGUUAUGGGAAGCAUAUGCUAAGUCAACAUAGGAAGCUGCCUUAUACUGAGUCAGACCAAUUGUCCGUCCAGCUCACUAUUAUCUACACUGACUGGCAGCAGCUCUCCAAGGUUUCAGGCAAGAGUCUCUCUUUAUCCUACUUGAAGAUGCCAGGGAUUGAACCUGAGAAUUUAUGCACACAAAGCAAUAGCUCUGCCACUGAGCUAUGACCCCAUCUCCUAAGGGGAAUAUCUUACAGCACAUAGCACUCACAUGUAGUCGCCCAUCUAAAUAUAAACUAGGGCAAAUCCUGCUUAGAAAAGAGGACAAUUGCAGAUCAGGACUGCAGAGAGGUCUUUAAUCUACCACCUGCUGUGGUCCAAAUCUGGAUUGUGCCUGCCCCCAACUGCAAAUUGUCUAAGAAAAAAAGCCUUCUGCUCCAAAGGGAAAUUUCCCCCUUUGACAAAUAGCAGCUACAGGUGAGGGCAAUUCAGAUAUCUACAGAAGAUGUCUGCGGAGUGUCUGGGUUAUCAUUGCUUUGCCGUACAACUCCUGUGUAUGUGGGGUUCUUGGUAUUUUUUUUACCCCUGAAAAGCACUUGUGCUAACAUGCACAUUAUGGUGGCAUUGUUGACACUUGACAUGAGAACAUGCACGUUCAGGGUUGCUGCUUACAACAAUUUCCAUUCUAUUUUGCUGCCUCAAUAUGAUGCAUGCCUUGAUACAUGAGUGAGCACCAUUUGAGAAGGAAUAAGAAUAAAGAACAGACCUCUGAUUGUCCUGGGAAGUCCUGGCUACAGACUCCAAAUGUAUCCUCUGCUUGAUUAUAUCACACAUUAUGCUUCUAAUCAGAUCUAGUCCUACAUAGAUAUGCUUUAAUUAAGAACAUAAGAACAGCCCUGCUGGAUCAGGCUGAAGGCCCAUCUAUUCCAGAAUCCUGUUUCACACAGUGGCCCACUAUAUGCUGUUAGUAGCCACAGGCAGGAGUUGAGGGCAUGCCCUCUCUCCUGCUGUUACUCCCUUGCAACUGGUACUCAUAAUCAUUCUGCCUUUGAGACUGGAGGUGGCAUAUAGCCCACCAACUAGUAGCCAAUGAUAGACCUCUCCUCCAUGAAGUUAUCCAAACCCCUCUUAAAGCCAUCCAGGUUGUUGGCUGUCACCACAUCUUGUGGCAGAGAAUUCCACAAGUGGAUUAUGUGUCGUGUGAAAAAGUACUUCCGUUUGUUGGUCCUAGAUGUCUUGGCAAUCAAUUUCAUGGGAUCACCCCUGGUUCUAGUGUUAAGUGAGAGGGAGAAGAAUUUCUCUCUAUCCACUUUAUCCACACCAUGCAUGAUUUUAUAGACCUCUAUCAUGUCUCCCCGCAGUAAUCUUUUUUCUAAACUAAAUAGCCCCAGGUGUUGUAACCUUGCCUCAUAAGAAAGGUGCUCUUGGCCCCUGAUCAUCUUGGUUGCCCUCUUCUGCAUCAUUUCCUACAAAGUUCUUUUUUAGAUGUGGUGACCAGAAUCGUACGCAGUACUCCAGGUGUGGCCACACCAUAGUUUUGUACAAGUGCAUUAUAAUAUUAUCAGUUUUAUUUUCAAUCCCCUUCCUAAUGAUCCCCAUCAUGGAAUUGGCCUUUUUUACAGCUGCCACACAUUGAGUUGACAUUUUCAACGAGCUGUCCACCACGACCCCAAGAUCCCUCUCCUGGUCAGUCACCGACAGCUCAGAUCCCAUCAGCGUAUACUUGAAUUUGGGGUUUUUCAUCCCAAUGUGCAUCACUUUACACUUGCCAGCACUGAAUUACAUUUGCCAUUUUGUCGCCCACACCUCCAGUUUGGAGAGAACCUUUUGGAGCUCCUCACAAUCCGUUUUGGAUUUGACUACCCAAAAGAGUUUGGUAUCAUCUUCAAAUUUGGCCACCUCACUGCCUCCCUGUACUUGUAGAUCAUUUAUGAAUAAAUUAAAAAUCACCGGUCCCACUACAGAUCCCUGGGAGACCCCACUUCUUACUUCCCUCCAUUGUGAAAACUCUCCAUUUAUACCUACCCUCUGUUUCCUGUCUUUCAACAAGUUUUCCAUCCACACAUGUACUUGUCCCCUUAUCCCAUGACUGCGAAGUUUUCUCAGAAGUCUUUGAUGAGGAACUUUGUCGAGAUUCUGGAACAUGCUUCCUAACGAAAUUAGAGUUUCCCCUUUUCUGAAUGUUUUUAAGAAGGACCUAAAAACAUGCCUGGUUUGUCAGGCUUUUAGUCCAUAGUUUUAAAGUUUCGGUUUUAGAGUGUUUAUUGUAUUUUAAAUUGUUGUAAUUAUGUUAAUGUUUUAAUGGUUUUAUAUUGUGAACUGCCCAGGGACCUUUUUGUAUGGGGUGGUAUAUGAAUGUACUAAAUAA